UUCGUGCAAUAAAGCUCACGUACACACCCCUAACGGACGUCCGCAUACAGGUGCACAAAUGCAUUUACUUCAUACCCAGUCAAUUGUACUACAGUUCAAAGUUCAGACCUAAGUAGAUAAAAGUGAGUGAGUUGUUAUCUGUACACUAAGUUCACUGCGGAUUACUUCCUACUUCUUGGGCUUUGGCUGCCUUUAGUUUAAAAACUUUUAGUUGAAUAGUUUUUACUUUACGCAAUUCCGUUGGAUAUAGUUUAUUUUCACAAAGCGGGUGACCUUUGACCAGUCGACAGGCGACUAGAGUGCUGUCCCAUAGGUGCUCAACAUGGAUGCCAUCAAAAGAGCGGCUGCUAUAGCGCAAGACAAGCAUCCACGCGUGAAGGACCAGAUCAUCACUUAUGGUACUGCAGGUUUUCGGACCCGAGCUGAUGAUCUCGACCAUGUCAUGUACAGAAUGGGACUACUAGCAGUUCUGGCUUCUCAGUCAAGAAAAGCAACCAUUGGUGUCAUGAUCACUGCAUCACACAACCCAGAAGAAGAUAAUGGUGUCAAGCUAAUUGACAAACUGGGCGAAAUGAUGCCUUUGGAAUGGGAAAAUUAUGCAACUCAGCUAGUUAAUACGAGUGACAAGGGUAUUCCAGCUGUAAUCAAGAGCAUCGUUGAAGCAGAAAAGAUUGAUCUUAAUGUGAAAGCAAAAGUUUUCAUUGCAAGAGACACCAGACCAAGCAGCCUUUCUUUGUCACAAGCUGUUCUUCAAGGUGUUCAAGCACUGGAUGGUCAUCCAUUUGACUUUGGCCUGUUGACGACUCCACAACUGCACUACAUGGUUUGCUGUGAAAAUACAAACAAAAAUUAUGGAGAACCUACAGAAGACGGUUACUUCGGAAAACUUGCUGCUGCAUUUCUGAAGCUUCAGACUGAGAGUGGCGUCAAAAGGGCAUACUCUCCAAAAGUGAAUGUGGAUGCAGCUAAUGGAGUUGGAGCAUCCAAAGCCAGACAGCUUCAAAACAUGCUGGGCAGUCUUUUGCAGCUGAAUAUCUCCAAUGAUGGGACCCAAGGAAAGCUAAACUAUCGUUGUGGAGCAGACUAUGUGAAAGUUCAGCAGUGUGCACCAGAUGGUCUGGCAAUUGAGAAUGGAAUGCGCUAUGCUUCUUUUGAUGGAGAUGCAGACAGGGUUGUUUAUUUCUAUUUGGAUAACGACAACAAGUUCCAUCUGCUGGACGGAGAUAAGAUUGCAACCCUGGUUGCUGCUUAUCUUCAAGAACUAGUCACUGGUAGUGGUCUUAAUCUGAACCUGGGGCUUGUACAGACUGCCUAUGCUAAUGGCAGCUCAACUAACUUCCUUACACAAAAAAUGAAAGUUCCAGUUGCAUGUGUUCCCACUGGUGUAAAAUAUUUACAUCACAAAGCUCAGGAAUUUGAUAUAGGCGUCUACUUUGAAGCCAAUGGCCAUGGAACAGUACUGUUUAGCAAACAAGCAGAGGAAUCUAUUGCUAAAAGAUGUCAAGACACUAGCCUUUCACCAGAUCAACAGAAGAAUGUAGCCAGGCUAGCAAACACUAAGGAUUUGAUCAAUCAGACUGUUGGUGAUGCCAUAUCAGACCUGUUGUUGGUAGAGACUAUAUUGGCUUACAGAGGCUGGAGUGCUGUGGACUGGGAUAACAUGUAUACAGAUCUUCCUAAUAGGCAACUCAAAAUUAAGGUCAAGGACAGAACAGUUGUGCAGACAACAGAUGCAGAGAGGAGAGUUACAUCCCCUCCUGGGCUGCAGGAAGAAAUUGACCGCCUUGUGUCACAGUACAAAAACGGCCGCUCAUUUGUCAGACCAUCAGGAACAGAAGAUGUGGUUCGAGUUUAUGCAGAAGCUGAGACCCAGGAAUAUGCUGAUCGCCUGGCAUGUGAAGUUGGGCAAGUUGUUUAUGACAAGGCUGGAGGAGUUGGCAACAAACCAUCUGUUUCUUGAUGUGAUGCUAGUGAUUUGCCUUGUUCACUACCAGCAAUCUAUCAUAUUUCAGUAAACUGACAAUCAGAAUUAUUUUGCAUUGCUUUGAAGGACUUUACCACAAAACUUUGUUGAAAUAUGCAUGAAUACCUGAUUUUACUAUAUUCCCUAAAAUAAUAAUGUUUACUUUUGCAACCCAGUACUCAUCCAAAUUCAGAAUUUUUCUCAUAAGGUGUUUACCAUUUCAGUUUCAGUUAUUCAGCUGAAGCACAAAUAAACCUAUGUGGUAAGACAGGAAAUAUGUAGACAGUAGGAAAAAGAAAAGAUACUUAGAUUUGUUGUUAAUACUAAAAAUUGUAAAGCAAUUCCAAGGGUUGUGUAUAGAUAUGCCAUGGAACAAAGAGGAUUAAAUUUGUAAAGCUUUAUAAAACUUCUAAGGUCUUGUGAAACUUAAGUAGCGAAGAUGAAAAACUUUAUCUAACUUUAUUUAUGUUUUCAUAGUAAUAUAAGAGAAUUAAAAUAAAAAACCUUAUUUUAAGCAUGAGUUAAUUCAAAGAAUUUAGACAUAAAAAAGUAUAAAUGUUAUACUGUUGAUUCAUUUAUUUCUUGUUUACAUGUUCUUUUUCUGCUUUUUGGAAAUCAUUUCAGUGGCUUCGAAGGUGAUGGUACUAUUAACUGCAGAUUAGUAACUGCUCAAUAUAUCAUGUAUUUGCAACUAUUAUGUUCAAUAUUGAAAGGGAUUUUCACUGGCUUCACCUACAGUCUGUAUUUUGUGGACUUUUUUUCUGUCAGCUUUUACUGUUUAUUAUAUUUUUGUUGAUGGGAUGUAUUUUAAAGCAUCAAGAAUGAUGUGAGUGUAGACUCAUAAAUGUAACCAAAUAAUGAAAGAAGUACACAUUUAUUCAUCACAAUAUCAGAUUUCACAAGUCUGAACCUAGUUCAUGGUAUUCUAUGCAAUCAUGUCACACAAAAUUUAUGGAAAUGUUUUGUUUCAAUUUGGAAAAUUGGCUCUGUGAUAAUAUAAUUAAUUUAGACUGUUGACGAUGUGAGAAAUACAAGUGUGAUAGAAUUUGGUUCAGUUACCAACAGGCUUCUAUAAAACAGAUAUGCACACUUCCCAUCAUACAAUAAAGAUACAAGCAGAGCAGAAUAACUGUCUUAGCAUAUGUUUUGUUUUCAUUAUGAGCUCAUUUUGUAGCAUAAUGAUUGGCGUACUAGCAGGCUCUGUAUAUUUUUAAACCAUCUUUUACUUUGAAUGGUGCAGAAAUUUUGAAAUCUGUUUAUUUUUUGAAGAGACCAUUUUUCAGGGCAAUUUGUGUGCCUAAUUAUUAUUAUGGUAUAGAGCACAAGAACAUGAAGGAUUGAUCCCUGUUACACUGCCAUUAUGGGGCAGGAAAUGUCCGUUUCUUUGCUUAUAACAUGUGUUAAUCUAGCAAAUAAUUCAAGCCUUUUCUUUUUUGCAGACUGUAAGUAGUUUACGUUCAUGCAUAGAUUGUAACUAUUUUCUUUUGCUUUUGAUGAUGUUAUAAUGCAGUGAAUUCUGAUACAAUACCCAUUGUUCAGAUUUUAUGUCAAAUUAGAGUGGAAAUGCCAGUUUAAGGAGAGUAUAAUCAAGCAUCCUUACUCUGUUUAUUCUGUCAAUCUGCACAUAGUGAUAGGCUAAAGUUGUGUGCAACUGUUCAGUCUGGCUGUUCAGUUAGUGUAUAUGAGAAAGAGAGACGAAAGUAAAGGGUGCCUUAUAAGUGUCAUUAGUGGUCUUGAAUGAUCAGUCAUGUAACACAUAACUGGAAGAUUUUGGAAGGUCUGGCUAUUCAUUGGCUUUCUCAAAGAUAUUGCUGUAUAGGAGACACUACCAAAUGAACCUCAUUUUACAAAGUUCUUUUGGUUUUCUAAAGCAGUGGGCUCUGAAUUUCAAAUGAAAUUUUACAUUAAUCCAUUUAAAUUGAUAUAUUUUUGUAUGAUUUUUUCUUACAUAUUUAAUUGUUAUCACUGUCCUUUCAUAAUCAGCAGCAUUCCAUAUUUUGUGGAAAAUCCUGAUGAUGGGGAUUAUUGUUGGUGUUGCUGCAGCUUUUACAUCUUAUAGGGGAUAUUUUGUUUGGUCGCUUGGGUGGUUGGUUGUUGCCAUGGUGAUGGAUAUGCAUUAAAAGAGACUGUGAUUCAGGAGCA